AUGAGCAGAUUCGUCAAGAGCAUGGAGAAGUUGUCUCCGGCUCUUAGGGAAAACGUGAUAAAGCAAAGAGAGAGAAUGUCUCUUCCCACCCACUCACCAAGGCGAUACAUACCCAAGGCCGAGAGAAAACAUGACUUGAAGGAAAGAGGAAUUGCCAAAGGUGAUUAUGUCUACAUUACAAAGGGUCAAUACAAGGGCACAUUGACGAGGGUUUACGAUUAUGAAGAGUCACUGGGUUCAUUCACAACCCACGAUGCUUUGAAGCAAGUAAUCGUACCGAGGGAGUUUUGGGCCGAUGGCCAGACAAGUCCCUUGAUAAGGGCACCCGAGCCAAUACCGCAAGAGCACGUUAAGUUGGCUGCAAGAGAGGUUGACGACAAGGGAAGUAUCAAGCAUUUUGUUGUUGAUGAAGUUGUUUACAAGGGAGAGUAUUAUGAUGACAGGUAUAAAAAGUGGAUGCCAAGACGAUUCGUCAAACAUCACGAGCAUAUUGAAGUUCCAUGGCCCACGCCUGACAAUGACUACGUGGACAGCGGUCGUGCUGCUAAAGAAUCAGAGGCUCACUAUAAGACUUUUGAGCUCCAAACUAUUGCGAAACCCCUUAUCCCACAAGGAGUAUUGAAUGAGCUCAGGAAUCCAUACUCAAAGCACAAGAAAAAGAUACUCUCAGAUGUGGAGGCUAGACGACUUAAUGAGCCAACCAUGCCUUUGACUCCCGAGCAGAAGAUCUACUUGGCCAAGAAGGCUAAAGAGCCAAAGAAAGAACUCGAACCAUUAUCUGAAGAGGUCAAAGAGUUUAUUGGCCAGAGGAUGGCAGAGCAUCUUUCCAGAAUCGAAAAUCCUAACCUUUUGGCCCAUUUAGAGGCAUUGUCAAAGGUCCAAAUUCCAGAUUUCAAGAAGACCAUGCAAAAAAUCGAAGAGAACCAAAGAGCAGAGGAGAAUCAAAGAGAGCAACAGUAG